CAGGGCGUCGCUAAAGGGAUUCCCCACCUGAGAGCUGCGUGGGUUGAGCUGAGAGGUUUUACAGAAAAAGAAGUUGCGUUUGCUCCUUAUCUCCUCUUGAACCUCUCCGACAGACUCCUCCCUGUGAGCAAAAAAACAAAAAGACAGUGAUAACAUUUAUAGGAUCCCGAGAGCCGCAUUAGAGAUUUCCGCGGUGGACCCUACAUCUCUAAAGAGAUGAACCUGGAUGACGACGGUGGUCUGUCGGGCAGUUGCGGCAACGGCAAGCUGAGGCAGUGGCUCAUAGAGCAGAUCGACAGCGGGAGAUAUCCUGGCCUGGUUUGGGAAAAUGAGGAAAAAAGCAUCUUUAGGAUUCCAUGGAAACAUGCAGGAAAACAGGACUACAACAGAGAGGAGGAUGCUGCACUCUUUAAGGCUUGGGCGAUGUUCAAGGGAAAGUUUAAGGAAGGAGUUGACAAACCUGAUCCCCCCACAUGGAAAACCAGACUACGCUGUGCCCUUAAUAAGAGCAACGACUUUGAUGAAAUAGUGGAAAGAAGCCAACUGGACAUCUCAGAGCCGUACAAAGUUUACAGAAUCAUCCCGGAGGGAACCAAAAAGGGUAUGAAGAUGAACCGUGUGGAGGAGACACCAUCUCACCCGCUUGGAUAUGUUCCACCAUAUACGUCACUUCACAACCAGGUACCCAGCUUUGUUAUCUCUCCAGAAAGAAGGGACUGGAGAGAUUUCCAUGCACCAUCAGAACAACAUUCUCUUCCUAAUGCAAAUCACCAUGGACAACACACAGACCUGCAGUAUGGUCAGUGCCACUAUCAGUCGCCAAUCAGUCGAAUUUGGCCCAGUCCGCACACAGAAAAUGGUUUCCAGCUCUCAUUCCACACAUACUUUUCCGAGUCUCAGCCACCAAUGUAUACAAUGGACCACAGCAAUGCCAUAUCAGAUUUCAGCCUCCAUGUGUCCCUUUACUACAGAGAAACACUGGUGAAGGAAGUCACUGUCACCACUCCAGAGGGUUGUCGGAUUACCUCCACCUCCCCAUCAUCUCCCUCCUCUUCCUCCUCUUCUUCUCCAUGUUCAGAGGACAGGUUCCACAGCGGCGCAGAAAUUGUUCUUUUUCCGUCCCCGUACCCCGAGUCUCAGAGGCAAGGAGCCGAGCUGCUUCCCAACAUCCUGGAGAAAGGGGUGCUCCUGUGGAUGACAGCUGAUGGGCUGUAUGCCAAGCGCUUGUGUCAGGGACGGGUGUUUUGGGAAGGACCGCUGGCUCCGUAUGUGGACAAGCCCAACAAGCUGGAGAAGGAGCAACCAUGCAAACUGUUUGACACCCAUCAGUUUCUUGUUGAUCUACAAGAUUUUGUCCAUAAUGGUCGCCACAUACCACGACACCAGGUGGUCCUUUGCUUUGGAGAUGAAUAUCCAGACCCGCAACGCCCCAGGAAGCUCAUCACAGCGCAGAUAGAACCAAUGUUUGCCAAGAAACUGAUCUACUAUUACCAGCAGAACACUGGGCACUACCUGAGAGCCUACGAUCACAUUCAGGAACCAAACACCGCUCCAGCUAUUGACUAUCCGCCCCAGAGACCCAUACAGCAUAUUCAGGAGUGAAAAGCAUGCCAAAAAUGCCCACUUGCCACACAAUCACAUAAGCAGGAAGAGUAUCAAUGUGAAUGUAAAGCUGUGAAUUUCUAUUGUGCCUUAACCUUGCUGCAGCCAUGUGUACUGUAAAUGAUUAAUUUAGGCACUGAGGGGUUGAGAUGGGGAAGACCCUGUAAGUUUUUACAUGCUUGUUGUAUCAGAAACUGGGUUGUAAGAGUUUUUUUUUUUUUUCUUCUUCAGCAAAUAUUAUUGUGACAGUGUGAAGGAUGCGGUUUGAGGGUGGGGGAGAUGAGCGGAGCGGAGGGCAAACUGAGACAGGAAGUACUAGCACAGGUGCACAGGAAGAAUGGCCCCUAAGACAAACAUUGAUACGUCUGUGAGAUAAGCCAGUGUGAAUGAAUACUUAUUUGCAGCCAACAGUAAUUCUUUCUUCUUUUUUUUUUUAACUGGCCCUGAGGACAGUUUCUGGUUGUCCACUCUUAAUGCAGCGCAUUUACUUUAUGGUCUACAAUACUUGGCAUGCAAGAUAAAAACAGAAGACAAAAGACAUAUGCUUACAGAAAAAGAUAACUUACCACUGUGAUUGGUUCUAAGAGUAAUUUUUUUGUUGUUUGUUUUGUUUUUAUGUGUGAUCGGCACAUCCCUUGUUUAUUCUGGCCUUUUGACUCCUCUGUUCCUUGUGAAAUAUUGUAUAGUUUAACUUCUUCAAGGGUAAUAAUAAAUAUUUUUAAA